AUGAGACCCAUAAUCCUUUGCAGCUUCCUCUUGGCGUCUGUCCAGGCAUCGGAACUGGAGGGGCACUUUGAUCUAGCCAAGUGUCGCUACGCGCUGGGCAUGCAGGAUCGAACCAUCCCUGACGAGGAUCUAUCUGCCUCGAGUGCCUGGUCUGACUCCACGGCCGCCAAGCACAGCCGGCUGGACACGAGUGACGGGGACGGGGCGUGGUGCCCGGCGGGGCCCGUUUAUCCCAACGACGCCGAGUUCCUGGAGGUCGACCUGCAGCGCCUGCACUUCCUGACCCUGGUGGGCACCCAGGGCCGCCACGCGGGGGGCCAUGGCAAGGAGUUUGCCCGGACCUACCGCCUCCACUACAGCCGCGACCGGCACCACUGGCUCGCCUGGCGGGACCGCUGGGGCAACGAGGUGAUCUCUGGGAACGAGAACACCAACGAGGUGGUACUGAAGGACCUGGGGCCGCCCAUCAUCGCCCGCUACGUGCGCUUCUACCCACGCGCCGACCGUGUCAUGAGCGUCUGCCUGCGUGUGGAGCUGUACGGCUGCAUCUGGCGUGACGGGCUGCAGUCCUACACCGCCCCCCUGGGCCAGACCAUGGCCCUCCAGCCGGAGCCUGUCUACCUCAACGACUCCACCUAUGACGGCUACAGUGUCAGCAAGCUGCAGUUUGGGGGGCUGGGGCAGCUGACGGAUGGCGUGGUGGGGCUGGACGACUUCACCCAGACUAAGGAGCUGCGGGUCUGGCCGGGCUACGACUACGUGGGCUGGAGAAAUGACUCCUUCCCCAAAGGCUACCUGGAGAUGGAGUUCGAGUUCGACAGCCUGCGGGUCUUCACUUACAUGAAGAUCUACUGCAAUAACAUGCACACGCGGGGGGUGAGCAUAUUCCGGCAGGUGGAUUGCAGGUUCAAACGCAGCCUCCCCACGGCCUGGGAGCCCGAACUUGUCUCCCACGAGCUGGCUGUGGACGUCAAGGACCCCAGUGCCCGGUCAGUCACCGUGCCCCUUGAGGGGCACCUCGGGCGUUUCCUGCAAUGCCACUUCCAUUUCUCCGGCACUUGGAUGCUCUUCAGUGAGAUCGCCUUCCUCUCGGAUGUGGUGGACGACGGGUCCGUUUCUGGAACAAGCCACUGGCCCCCGAUGGCUGGCCCCCGGCCCUCGGGCAGGGGUGCUGCAGCCCCCCGUGUCCUGGAAGACCCUGGCUCCACCCUUCACAGAGACACCGGGGUCACAUCCAACCUCACACUCCAGGACCUCGAGGUCCAAGGAGAGUCUAAAUCUGGCCAGCCAAUCGCCAAGGAUGAUAACAGCAAUACCUCCAUUCUGAUUGGCUGCCUGGUGGCCAUUAUCCUGCUGCUAUUGGUCGUCAUCUUCCUCAUUCUUUGGAGGCAAUAUUGGAAAAAGAUCCUGGGGAAAGCCCAGCGGCGAAUCUCCGACGACGACCUGACCGUGCACUUGUCGGUCCCGGGCGACACCAUCGUCAUCAACAACACGAUGGGCUCCCAACGCCACUCGAACCGCUACGAGCGCAUCCACUCGGGGGAGACCGAGUAUCAGGAGCCCAGCCGCGCCCGCAUGAAAUUGCCCGAGUUGCCCCAUGGUGCCGAGAACUCCGCUCUGCUGCUCAACAACCCGGCCUAUCGGCUCUUCCUGGCCACAUACGCCCAGCCAAUGGGAGGGCUCGCUCGCCCGCCAGCCGACGGGGCUAAGCCAAUCAACACAGAUGCCUGCAGCGGUGACUACAUGGAACCAGACCCUGCCGGGGCCCAGGCCGUGGCGCAGAACAAUGUCCCGCACUACGCCGAGGCAGACAUUAUCAACCUGCAGGGGGUGACGGGCGGGAACACCUACGCUGUGCCCGCUGUGGCCGUGGACGCGCUGGCCGGCAAGGACAUGGCCCUAGGGGAGUUCCCCCGGGGGCGUCUCCUCUUCAAGGAGAAGCUAGGGGAGGGGCAGUUUGGAGAGGUGCAUCUCUGUGAGAUAGAAAGUCCCCAGGAUCUGCCCAUUCUGGAGUUCCCAUUCAACGUGCGCAAGGGACGCCCCCUGCUGGUGGCUGUGAAAAUCCUGCGCUCUGAUGCAACCAAGAAUGCCAGGAACGACUUCCUGAAGGAGGUGAAGAUCAUGUCACGGCUGAAGGACCCCAACAUCGUGCGGCUGCUGGGCGUGUGCGUGCGGGACGACCCCCUGUGCAUGAUCACCGAGUACAUGGAGAACGGGGACCUCAACCAGUUCCUCACCAGCCAUGAGCUGGAGGACAAGCUGGGGGGCAGCACCAGCGAUGCCCCCACCAUCAGCUACCCCACGCUGGUCCACGUGGCGGCUCAGAUUGCCUCGGGGAUGAAGUUUCUGGCCUCUCUCAACUUCGUGCACCGGGACCUGGCCACCCGCAAUUGCCUGGUGGGGGAGGGCUUCACCAUCAAGAUCGCCGACUUCGGCAUGAGUCGCAACCUCUACUCGGGGGACUACUACCGCAUCCAGGGGCGUGCCGUGCUGCCCAUCCGCUGGAUGGCCUGGGAGUGCAUCCUCAUGGGGAAGUUCACCACGGCCAGCGACGUCUGGGCCUUCGGGGUGACACUCUGGGAGGUGCUGAUGCUGUGUCAGGAGCAACCCUACAGCGAGCUCACCGACGAGCAGGUCAUCGAGAAUGCCGGACAGUUCUUCCGGGACCAGGGCGAGCAGAUAUACCUGUCCCGGCCCCCUGCCUGCCCCCUGGCUCUCUAUGAGGUGAUGCUGCGCUGCUGGGUCCGCGAGUCCAAGGACCGUCCCUCCUUCCAGCACAUCCACCGCUUCCUGUCUGAGGACGCCCUCAACAUGGUGUGA